ACUGCAGCGUCACUGGAGUAUUUCGCGCACACCGUGAAGGUGCACAAGUAGAUAAGUUAGGAGUGAUUCUAAACCCGUACCUGGAAUUAACUCUUUGUUGUUCAUCGUGAAUGAAGUCGUCCAACCAAUCCAGAGAGAGCAGACAGGUGACCGUAGUUGUUCUCUUGCAGUUGUUUUAAGGGCUUCAGUCUUUGCAUGCUCUAUGGACGGAACUGUGGACAGAGUUGUGGAGGAGGGAUCCACGCGUGGGUUCUCUCGGACGGACGUUUCCCUCAGCGGAGGGGAUGAGAGCAGGGACACCGACCACAGCCAGAGAUCUCACGAAACACAACCUGACGACGAGUGCUCUUUGCCUCUUAGGGAUUUUUAUCCCUAUAUCCGCUGUGCCCUCUGCAAUGGAUUUUUCAUUGAUGCCACCACCAUCACAGAGUGUCUUCACACUUUUUGUAAGAGCUGCAUCGUCAAGCACUUUUUCUACAGCAACAGGUGUCCUAACUGCUCGAUUGUUGUGCACCAGACACAGCCGCUGAACAGUAUCAGACCUGACAGACAAUUACAAGACAUUGUUUUCAAGAUGGUUCCAUAUUUGGAAGAAGAUGAAAGGUCGCGAAUAUAUGCAUUUUAUAAACAGAGAGGGCUUGGCGUUCCUAAACCAGUGGCGUCUCCAGCUACAUGCCCAGUAAAGCCGCAUCAGAGACAGAAGAAAGACAUUCUGCCUCAGUCUGUUUUUACAAUUCCCUCAGAGCUAGAUGUGUCUCUGAUGUUGGAGUUUGUGGGAGCUGAAGAGGGUAUUGAGAACUUUAAGCCCCUUGAAAGGAAGUAUGUGCGUGUGUCAGGGGAAGCCACUGUCCGUCAUGUGGAGCUUUUUAUCAGGAGGAAGAUGGAACUGAGUCAAAACUGCAAGGUUGAUGUUGUGUGUGGAGACCAUCUUCUUGAGCAAUGCCAGUCUUUGAGAGAAGUUUGUAAUACCAUGGGAAAAAAUGCGUUGCAGGACGGCAUGCUGGUUCUGCAUUUCGGACUUGUUCUACCUGCUCAGUAAAGAGGAAAUACACAGAAAGACCAACUACUGUGAAAUUUAUAUUGUACAGUGGUUUUAUUUCAAUUUUCUCAUAUAACAGUGAUCCUAUGCAGUGAUCAUUUGUCUUCCUGGUUGCCUUCUGCUCAAAAAGAUGAAAAAUAUGGCAGCAUUGUUUGAGCAAAUGCAUUAAUGAGCCAUUUCCAGAAUAUACUGCUUGUUUGUUUGUUUGUUUGUUUGUUUGGAUGAUUGAUCUUUGGAUACAAUUUCCACAGCUGUAAUGGUUCUAUGAAUGCUCUUUUAUACAUUAACAAAAACAUAAAGUAAUUAUUUUACA